UUUUCAUACAAGUGUUUGAUUCGAAUCCGCUGACAGCAAUAGCCCUUGCAGAUAUCUCGACCACUUGACUUAGUGAUCUUCAUGUUGUGAUACUCUUUAUAUUGAAUUUAAAAUGAAAGACAAAGAGGAGGAAGAUCCGGUGGAUCUUAUUUUUAAAGAUGCUUCUAUGUGUAGUAAAUAUGUAAUUUUUAUGUUUUUGUCCUUGGGAUUUUUAGCGGCUUAUAGUGGUUGUGUUUUUACGUAUGUGUUUCUAGCGAGGGAUGUCAAAUACAGAUGUCUUAUAGAAGAGUGCGAACCGUCUCCAACCGACACAAUCUACGAACCAAAAUGGCUGAAGCAUUUAGUUCCUUACACGGGAUCUGUUCCGGAUAGUUGUCACCGUUAUGCACUGAGGAACGAUUCUUGCUCGACAGAGGCUACGUCUGGAAACAACGAAACUUUCAGAUGCAAUAAGUUUGUUUAUCAAACUAAGGAUGUCACCUUAGUACACGAUUUCGAUUUGAACUGCGACGAAAAUGCAUGGAAACUAACAAUGGUUGGCACGAUAUCGAUGACAGGCGAACUAGUUUGUUUGGCAUACACUGGUUUCAUUUCUGAUAAGUAUGGAAGAAAAACUUUGUUAAUUGCAUCGACUUUAAUGAGCACCGUCGUAGGAGUAAUAAAAUCAUUCUCAGUUUCUUACAACAUGUACGUCUUUCUUGAAUUUGUAGACUCAAUAUUCGGAGCCGCUAUGUAUUACGGUGCCUUUAUCUUAGCAAUGGAGUUUGUAGCACCGAGAAACAGAAACAUCGUAAAUAUAGUAAUAUGUUCCUUAUACGCAUUUGGAGGGUGUUACAUGGGGAUAAUUGCUUGGCUGUUUCCUUAUUGGAGAACAAUGCUACGAGUACUAUAUUUUCCUAGAUUUAUCUGCAUUUUAUUCUUCUGGACUGUGCCGGAAUCAAUAAGGUGGCUUUUGUCCAAAAAUAAAAUAAGCUCCAUUCAUAACAUAGUUUCUAGAGUAAAAGGAUUGAAAGAUAAAGAAGAUCCAAACUUGACCAAACUCCUGGAUGCUUACUACGAAGCACAAACUCAAUUGUGCGCAGAAAAUACUACAGUAGCCUCAGAAAAAUUCAUCGAUGCCAUAAAACACAAAUCGUUGUUGCUUCGUUUUGUUAUUUGCUGUUUUAUCUGGGUUACGGUCAAUUUCAUAUACUACGGGUUGACUUUAAAUUCAGUGGAUCUGACAGAUGACAUUUAUUUGAGUUUUAUAGUUUCGUGUCUGAUAGAGAUUCCAGGAUAUAUCAUAUACUACGUGGUUAAUGAAAAGAUUGGGAGAAGAUUGUUAACAUCGGUUACUUUUAUAUUGGCUGGCCUUGCAUGUCUAGCAGUGGGUUUCAUUCCUCAAGACAUUCAGUGGUUAAGGUUGUCGCUGUACCUAGUAGGAAAAUGCAGUUCCACAGUAACAUACACCGUUAUAUUCAUUUACACAACAGAGAUGUUUCCUACCACGUGUAGACAUUCGAUGUUGUCAAUUUGUGGUAUGAUGGGACGUUUGGGCUCGUUGAUAGCUCCACAAAUACCUCUAAUGGCGAGAGUCUCUGAAAUGCUGCCGUUAGUAUUAUUCGCGAUCAUGGGCUCGAUCUCUGGAACUUUGGCAUUGUUAUUUCCAGAAACAUUGAACACAAAGCUGCCACAAACAAUCCAGGAAGCAAUCAAUAUCGGGAAAAGAGACAAGCGGAACGCUCGACGGGAUUCUGCACCACCUGAAUCCUGAGGAUUAUCCCGAGGAUGUGCGUGAAAAUAUUAAUGUUUCUACAAGUCGUUCGUUUGUAAAUAAAGUUUUCAAAAAACUCGAA